AUGAAUUCAAUAUCAGCGCCUAGCAACAUUGGGCUACAAUUUCGAGGAAAUAUUUGCAAUACCAAAAUGAAAAUCGUAGAGAAGGCAGGGGAGAUUUUGAAACUAAGCUUCAAUUCUUCAUUCAAUUCUUGUAUAUUGAACAAUGAUAAACGAAGGUCUUCAUUGUUGGUGAGUGCGUGUUUUGAUGGUAGCUUCUGGGGAUUGGAUACAGUUGAUGGAAUGAAACACGCGUCGUUGGCCCCUUUUACGCCAAGCAAAUUGGCAAACGAAAGCACCGCACAAACAGCCCUUGAUGGCUUCUUGCGUGGAAUGUUCGUGGAGGAUAAGUUUGUGUAUAGGCAGAAUUUUGUGGUCAGGUCUUAUGAAAUUGGACCAGAUAAAACUGUCACUAUUGAGACACUCAUGAAUUUUCUCCAGGAAACUGCUCUAAAUCAAGUCUCUAGCUUUGGAGUAAGUGGGAACGAUUUUGGAACUACUCGCGAGAUGGACCUUCGCAAAUUGAUUUGGGUUGCUACUCGUAUUCAAGUUCAAGUACAGAGAUAUAGCAAAUGGGGAGAUGAAAUUGAAGUUGAUACUUGGUUUGAUGCUGCUGGAAAAAAUGGAAUGCGAAGAGAUUGGAUAAUCAGGGAUCAUUGCACUAAAGAGAUUAUAGCCAGAGCAACGAGCACAUGGGCGAUUAUGAAUAGAGAAACAAGAAGAUUAUCUAAGAUACCUGAAGAAGUUAAACAAGAGAUCGUUCCUCUCCACUGUGAUAGGCUUGCCAUUGCUAGUGAAGAAAAAGAUUGUCAGAAGAUACACAAACUCACUGAUGAUACUACUGAUAGAGUUCGAUCUGGGAUGACUCCAAGAUGGACUGACAUGGACGUUAACCAGCAUGUUAACAAUGUGAAAUAUAUUGGGUGGAUUUUGGAGAGUGUGCCAAGAGAAGUGUUAGUUGAUUACAAUAUGACAAGCAUGAAGCUGGAGUUUCGACGUGAAUGUACGCAAUCAAAUGUGUUAGAAUCUAUGACUAGUCCACCAUGCACCGUUACAGAUGCUUCCAACCAUGACUCUGUUGGGAGAAAAAUUGACCUGCAAUACACACACCUACUUCGUCUGCAAGAUGAUAAAACAGAAUUGGUCCGAGCCAAAACAGAAUGGCAUCUUAAGCAAAAGCAAAAGUGA